CACCAGCAGUCUUUUGAGUUUGCUGCUCUGAAAACAACUUUUUCAUGGACACAACAGAAUUAUGGAGCCCCCUUCACAGGUGUCAUUCCCAGAAAAGAAGAAGAAGGGAAUACAGAAACAAGAGGCUGAUGCCACCGUCUACAUGAACUUCAUGAAGAGCCACUGCUGCUAUGAAGCCAUUCCAACCAGCUCUAAACUGGUCAUAUUUGAUACCACACUACAAGUGAAAAAGGCCUUUUUUGCACUGGUGGCAAACGGCUUGAGGGCUGCGCCUCUGUGGGACAGCAAGUUACAGAGAUUUGUGGGUAUGCUGACUAUUACGGAUUUCAUCAACAUCCUCCAUUGCUAUUACAAGUCUCCUAUGGUUCAGAUGUAUGAGCUGGAGAGCCACAAGAUUGAGACAUGGAGAGAUGUCUACUUACAGUAUUCCAAUCACUUCCUCAUUAGUAUUUCUCCAGAGGCCAGCCUCUUCGAUGCCAUCUAUUCCUUACUCAAAUAUAAGAUCCACAGGCUGCCCAUCAUCGACCCAGCGUCUGGAAAUGUCCUGCAUAUCCUGACCCACAAACGAAUCCUCAAGUUCCUCCAUAUAUUUGGGAGAAGGGUUCCUAAGCCUGCGUUCGUUCAUGGGCAGAUCCAGGAGCUUGGGAUCGGAACUUUCAGGAACAUCGCCACUGUUCAGCAAACAGCAUCACUUUAUGAUGCCCUCUCUAUAUUUGUGGACAGGCGGGUGUCUGCGCUGCCGGUGGUGGACCAACAAGGCAAGGUGGUGGCACUCUACUCCAGAUUUGAUGUGAUUAACCUAGCAGCCCAGAAGAGCUACGACAAUCUGGACAUGACUAUGCUGGAAGCCGUUCGCAGGCGCACGUGUUUUGUGGAGGGAGUCAUCAAGUGCUAUCCUGAUGAAACCCUGGAGACUAUCAUAGACCGUAUCGUCAAAGCAGAGGUCCAUCGGCUGGUCCUGGUGGACAGGGCUGAUGUGGUGAGGGGCAUCAUCUCUCUGUCUGACCUGCUGCAGGCCAUGGUCUUAACCCCUGCAGGUAUUGACGCCCUUUUGUCCUAGCACCAGGGGACACUUCACUCCUUUACCACCCGUGUAGACAUGAGCCCAGGCCAUGUACCCAGGCAGGUAGGCUCUGGAGCCUCUCUUCCAACGCUGUGUGACCGAUGCUUUAAAUCGCCACGUGAUUGAAUUGAGAGAUCACAAGAGGAAGAAAAAUUCCCCACCUGUGCUGUUGUUUACAUUCAGAUUCCUUCCAUGAUCUGUGUUAAAUUCAAGUAACAAUAACGGACAGUCAGCUGACCUUGAUAUUGUGAUGAAUCUCUGUAGGUCUCCAGCACCAUAUUGGCUGCAUUUGAUCAAAUUGAUCAAUAUAUGUUUACUCAAUACGGUAAAUU